AUCACCAUGUUAUCCUUCUACUAGCCCGACCCGAAUUGCUUCUUUAAAUACUCAUCUCUCUGGAUCAAAACCCUAGGGUUCUUUUGGCCGCAGACUCUUUCUGUCCAAGUGCUCGGAGGUUGUCCAGGAAAAUCUUCUGCGGAGCUGUUUGGUUAUGGCUCCAAAACAGCCAAAUACUGGCCUUUUCGUAGGCCUAAAUAAAGGACAUGUAGUGACUAAAAAGGAAUUAGCUCCACGCCCUUCUGAUAGAAAGGGGAGAACUAGCAAGAGGGUCAGUUUUGUGAGGAGCAUUAUCAGGGAGGUGGCUGGUUUUGCUCCUUAUGAGAAGAGGAUCACUGAGCUUCUAAAGGUUGGAAAAGAUAAGCGUGCACUGAAGGUGGCAAAGAGAAAGUUGGGUACUCAUAAGAGAGCCAAGAAGAAGCGUGAGGAAAUGUCUUCUGUUCUUCGGAAAAUGAGAGCUGGUGGAGCUGCAGAGAAAAAGAAAUGAGUGCUACAGCCAGAUUGCAGAUCUCUUCAUGGAGUUUCUUUGCAGCAUUUAGUGAUGCUUAUUUUAUUUUGGUGUUGCCUGUUUCCGUUUUGAAUUAUUGGGUAGUUCUUAUUUAGUAUGUAAUCUCGACUAAAAUUUUCUUAUAGAGUUAAAUUAACUAAUGAUUUUGAGUUUAAUAUUUUUUUGUUGUGUUAAGUCUAUCAUGUGAUGAUUAUGUUAUGAAAGUAAUUUGUUGCAGAAA